AUGCUGCCUCUCGCCCCCGCGGUGUAUGGGAAACAUAGCCCCUCCCCGUACCGUAGGAGGGGCAAACGAAACAUCCUGGCGGAGACCUGCUACCUCACCGCCCUCGGCAGCGCCCAGGAACCCAACGGGGGGGAAACGUCGGCCGCCCCCUCGACGAGGGAGCAGAGACGCGGCGCUGUGAGGGGGGAUGGUCUCCCCUCGGCGAGCCUGGCUCACGCCUCCCCCUCUUUCGAGGGUAGGAGGGAGAGCAGAGGCUUCCAGCCACAGGAAGGGAGACCCCCUGCCUCAUGGCCAGAAGUCUCUCUCUCCCUCCUGUCCUCGAAGGAGAGGAGCUGUGAGCCAGGCUCGUCGAGGGGGGGGGGGGGGUUCUCCUCCCCGGCGAACAACCUCCUCCUCUCCACAGAGGACAGGAGGGGGCAAGCCACGAGGGGAGUUUCUCCCCCUCCGCGAGCACGGCCGACCUCCCCCUCUUCUCGAGGGCUGGAGGCGGCGCAACAGCUCAGAGCAUGCGGGGGAUUCUUCCCCCCGACAAGCCUGGCCCUCCACCCCCUCUUCUCGAGGGCGGGAGGCGGCCGACACAAAGGCUCUAGCCAUAGGAGGGUAUAUCCCCCCCUCGGCGAGCCCGGCCCAACCCUCCCCCUCUCUUCAGAGUGCAGGAGGCGGGGCGCACAAGGGCUCCAAGCCAUGAGGGGGGGGAUUUCCCCUCCUCGGCGGGCAAGUCUCAAUACUCCCCGUCGCUGUCCAGCAGCGACGGGAGAAGAAUCGUCCCCAUCUUCCUCUUCCUCUCCUACCCAGAGGGGAGGAGAGAGGGGGGGACGCCUCCGGACAGGAAACGUCAGUGGCUUCCCCGCCCAAUCUCGCACCCGUCCUGAGGCUCGGGGGACGGUUGGGGAAGUCACUGACUCCUGGUGUUUAUGGAAAAAGGAAGGGAGGGAAGAGGCGGUUGAGGAGCUUGUUAUAUGCUGGAUGUGCCAAGGAUGGGCGGGCAACGACGACGAAGUUUAUGGCUUUGGAUGA